AUGGCGGUCCUGGCGGUGCUGGCGGGGCUGCUGGCGUUGGCGCUCGGCGCCGCAGGCGAGCCGUGCCCCGAGCCCACCAUCGUGCCCUCGUACUACACCACCUCGGACGCUGUCAUCUCCUCUGAGAGCGUCUUCGUGGUGGAGAUCUCGCUGGCCUGCAAGAAUGGCGCACAGAACGUGGCUCUCUACGCCGACGUCAACGGGAAGCAGUUCCCCGUCACCCGGGGGCAGGAUGUGGGGCGCUACCAGGUCUCCUGGAGCCUGGAGCACCGCAGCGCCCAGUCAGGCACCUACGAGGUGAAGUUCUUUGACGAGGAGUCGUACAGCGCCCUGCGCAAGGCUCAGCGGAAUAAUGAGGACGUGUCCCGCAUCCGACCUCUCUUUACCGUCAACGUGGAUCAUCGGGGCGCCUGGAACGGUCCCUGGGUGUCGACGGAGGUGGUGGCAGCCGCCAUCGGCCUCGUCGUCUAUUACCUGGCCUUCAGCACCAAGAGCAGCAUCCAGGCGUAGGCCCCCCCAAAAAACGGUCCCCCCAAACACGGUCCUCUCGAGGGGGUCCACAGCCUCUGGUGGGGAGUGGGGCACCCCUAAAGCUGCCCCCCCAGUAAAGACGCUGUGUCCCGUAAAAGCGGGGAUGCUGUGGGGUGGGGCUGAAGGACCCCCAGAAAUGGGAAUAGCUGGCUGGGGCUGAACCCCAAAAAUUGGGGAGCCCUCCAAGUUGGUGGUGUCCUCAGCAUGGGGGAGGCCCCAAACUGGGGGUGGUCUACCUGUAACCCCCAAAAUUGGGGGUCCUGAGGGUCUCCCCCAUGAUUCCUGCCUGGGGGGUGUCCCCAAAUGCCAUGCCCCCCCCCGUGGCUGUACCCCAAUAAAGGU